AUGAAGCUCGAGAACAACGACAACGGCAACACCACCAGCGGCAACAGCUCUCCUCGGGUCGGCGAACACCCCACCAUUUUGGAGGCUGCUCGCCUUUCGAUUAGGGACGUGCAAGUUCCACUUCCCCAGAGGACCGGGGGAGGUGUUUCCAAGGACAACCUCAUGUCGAUUAUUCAGAGGACGUUGGAGCUUGUCGAGGCUGAACUUGAAGAUGACGAUGACUUGUUUAAUGCUUCCACUACUAUCCCUUCGCUUCCCAUGCCCCCUCCCAGGAACCACUUCCAAGGACGAUUCCAUCAGAUGGGACAGUAA